GUUGACAGAGAAGGAAAAAUUUGAGGGAGGAUGGAUGCAAAAGCUCGAAAUUGUUUGCUUCAACAUAGAGAAGCCCUGGAAAGGGACGUCAAAACAUCCUACAUCAUGGAUCACAUGAUUAGUGAUGGAGUUUUAACAGUGUCGGAGGAGGAAAAAGUAAAAAAUGAGCCCACCCAACGGCAACGAGCAGCUAUGCUAAUUAAAACGAUACUUGAAAAAGAUAAUUAUUCCUAUAUAUCAUUCUACAAUGCUCUGCUACAUGAAGGGUAUAAAGAUCUUGCCGACCUUCUCCAUCGUGGCAUUCCUGUCAUAUCUUCUUCCAAUGGCAAAGAUUCAGUUGGAAUAACUUCAUAUGUAAGGACAGUCCUGUGUGAAGGUGGAGUACCACAGAGGCCCGUUGUUUUUGUUACUAGGAGGAAGCUAGUGAAUGCAAUUCAGCAGAAGCUCUUCAAACUGAGUGGUGAACCGGGAUGGGUCACCAUAUAUGGAAUGGCAGGUUGUGGGAAGUCUGUAUUAGCUGCAGAAGCUGUUCGAGAUCAUUCUUUCUUAGAAGUUUGUUUCCCAGGGGGUGUGCAUUGGGUUUCAGUUGGGAAACAAGACAAAUCUGGGCUUCUGAUGAAACUGCAGAAUCUUUGCACACGGUUGGCUCAGGAUGAGAAUUUCUCCCAGAGGCUUCCACUUAAUAUUGAAGAAGCUAAAGACCGUCUCCGCAUUCUGAUGCUGCGCAAACAUCCAAGGUCUCUGUUGAUUUUGGAUGAUGUUUGGGAUCCUUGGGUGUUAAAAGCUUUUGACAAUCAGUGUCAGAUUCUUCUUACAACCAGAGACAAGAGUGUUACAGAUUCAGUAAUGGGUCCUAAAUAUGUAGUCCCUGUGGAGAGUGGUUUAGGAAGAGAAAAAGGACUUGAAAUUUUAUCCCUUUUUGUUAAUAUGAAGAAAGCAGAUUUGCCAGAACAAGCUCACAGUAUUAUAAAAAAAUGUAAAGGUUCACCUCUUGUAGUUUCUUUAAUUGGUGCACUUUUACGAGAUUUUCCCAACCGCUGGGAGUACUACCUCAGGCAACUUCAGAAUAAGCAAUUUAAGAAGAUAAGGAAAUCUUCAUCUUAUGAUUAUGAGGCUUUGGAUGAAGCCAUGUCUAUAAGUGUUGAAAUGCUCAGAGAAGACAUCAAAGAUUAUUACACAGAUCUUUCCAUCCUUCAGAAAGAUGUUAAGGUGCCUACGAAGGUGUUGUGUAUCCUCUGGGAUAUGGAAACUGAAGAAGUUGAAGACAUACUGCAGGAGUUUGUUAAUAAGUCUCUCUUGUUCUGUGAUCGAAAUGGAAAAUCAUUUCUUUAUUAUUUACAUGAUCUUCAAGUAGAUUUCCUCACACAGAAGAAUCACAGCCAGCUUCAGGAUCUACACAAGAAACUAAUCACUCAGUUCCAGAGACAUUUCCGGCUACAUUGUCUUUCACCGGAUCAGGAGGACUGCAUGUAUUGGUACAAUUUUCUGGCCUAUCACAUGGCUAGUGCUAAAAUGCACAAAGAACUGUGUGCUUUAAUGUUUUCCCUGGAUUGGAUUAAAGCAAAAACGGAGCUCGUAGGCCCUGCUCAUCUGAUUCAUGAAUUUGUGGAAUACAGGCAUAUGUUGGAUGAAAAGGAUGGUACAGUCUGUGAGAAUUUCCAGGAGUUUUUAUCUUUAAAUGGACAUCUUCUUGGACGACAGCCAUUUCCUAAUAUUGUACAACUGGGCCUCUGUGAACUGGAAACUUCAGAAGUUUAUCAGCAAGCUAAGCUGAAGGCCAAGCAGGAGGUCGAUAACGGAAUGCUUUACUUGGAAUGGAUAAACAAAGAAAACAUCAAGAAUCUCUCCCGCUUGGUCGUCCGCCCCCAUACAGAUGCUGUGUACCAUGCUUGCUUUUCUGAGGAUGGUCAAAGAAUAGCUUCUUGUGGAGCUGAUAAAAACUUGCAGGUUUUCAAAGCUGAAACAGGAGAGAAACUUCUAGAAAUCAAGGCUCAUGAGGAUGAAGUGCUUUGCUGUGCAUUUUCUGCAGAUGACAGAUUUAUAGCAACCUGCUCAGUGGAUAAAAAAGUGAAGAUUUGGAAUUCUAUGUCUGGGGAACUAGUACAUACCUAUGACGAGCACUCAGAGCAAGUCAAUUGCUGCCACUUCACCAACAAUAGUAAUCACCUGCUCUUAGCCACUGGUUCAAAUGACUGUUUCCUCAAACUCUGGGCUCUGAAUCAAAAAGAAUGUCGAAAUACCAUGUUUGGCCAUACAAAUUCAGUCAAUCACUGCAGAUUUUCACCAGAUGAUAAGCUUUUGGCUAGUUGUUCAGCUGAUGGAACAUUAAAGCUUUGGGAUGUGAAAUCAGCAAACGAGAGGAAGAGCAUUAAUGUGAAGCAGUUCUUCCUAAAUUCAGAGGAGCCUCAUGAGGAUAUGGAAGUGAUAGUGAAAUGCUGUUCAUGGUCUGCUGAUGGUGCUAGGAUAAUGGUGGCAGCAAAAAAUAAAGUCUUUCUGUUUGACAUUCACACCAGUGGCCUGUUGGCAGAAAUCCACACAGGCCAUCAUAGCACUGUCCAGUACUGUGACUUCUCCCCCCAUAACCAUCUGGCAGUGGUGGCUUUGCCCCAGUACUGCGUGGAGUUGUGGAAUAUGGACUCAUGUUUAAAAGUAGCUGAUUGUAGAGGACAUUUAAGUUGGGUCCAUUGUGUGAUGUUUUCUCCUGAUGGAUCAUCAUUUUUGACGUCUUCUGAUGACCAGACAAUCAGGCUCUGGGAGACAAAGAAAGUAUGUAAGAACUCUGCUAUAGCGUUAAAGCAAGAAAUAGAUGUUGUGUUUCAAGAAAAUGAAGUGAUGGUUCUUGCAGUUGAUGAUAUAAAACGUCUGCAACUCAUUAAUGGAAACACAGGUCAGAUUGAUUAUCUGACUGAAGCUCAAGUGAGUUGCUGUUGCUUAAGUCCACAUCUUCAGUACCUUGCAUUUGGAGGCGAAGAUGGAGCCAUUCAGAUUUUAGAACUCCUAAACAACAGAAUCUUCCAAUCCAGGAUUGGGCACAAGAACACUGUACGGCACAUCCAAUUCACAGCUGAUGCAAAGACUCUUAUCUCAAGCUCUGAUGACUCUGCAAUUCAGGUAUGGAAUUGGCCAUCAGAGGAAUAUGUCUUUCUGCAAGCCCAUCAGGAAACUGUGAAAGACUUUAAACUCUUGAAAAAUUCAAGAUUGCUUUCCUGGUCAUUUGAUGGAACAGUGAAGGUAUGGAAUAUUAUUACUGGAAGAAUAGAAAAAGACUUUGUCUGUCAUCAGGAUACAGUUCUUUCUUGUGAUAUUUCUCCUGAUGCAACCAAGUAUUCUUCUACCUCUGCUGACAAGACUGCAAAGAUUUGGAGUUUUGAGCUCCUUUCCCCUCUUCAUGAAUUGAGAGGCCACAAAGGCUGCGUGCGCUGCUCUGCCUUCUCUGUGGACAGUAGCCUGUUGGCAACUGGAGAUGACAACGGAGAAAUCAGGAUAUGGAAUGUCUCAAAUGGUGAGCUUCUUCAUUUGUUUGCUCCGAUUUCAGUAGAAGAAGGAGCUGCUACUCACGGAGGCUGGGUGACUGACCUUUGCUUUUCUCCAGAUAGCAAAAUGCUUGUUUCUGCUGGAGGAUAUCUUAAGUGGUGGAAUGUUGUCACUGGGGAAUCCUCACAGACCUUCUACACAAAUGGAACCAAUCUUAAGAAAAUACAUGUGUCCCCUGACUUCAAAACAUAUGUGACUGUUGAUAAUCUUGGUAUUUUAUAUAUUUUAAAGAUUUUAGAGUAAAAUAGUUAAGCAGCGAUGUAAGUUGAACUCUUUUAAUUUUGAAUUGGAAAAAAAAAUCCUAAUGAAACUGUAUUUCAACUUUUUAUAAAGCUGUGAAUUGUUUUGCAGUAUUGCAUUCAAUACGAAAGUGUUUG